CUCAGACCCGUCUCCAGUCCGAGUCCAGACCUGAGUCGUCUGAUGGCGCCGCCGCCGCUGCGGCGCGGCAGCGCGAGCCAGCUGCCGGCGCACGCCGUCACCGAGGACACGCCGGCCGACAUGCUGCAGGGACAGAUGAGCCUGAGCGUGCUGCUGCCAGACGGCCGCCACUGCCGCAUCAGCGUGGAUCGCGGCACGCCAAUGAUGGACCUCCUCAUCCAGGUCACAACGGCCAAUAAAAUCAGCCCUGGGGGUCACGUGAUCCAGGUCAUAUCCGACCGGAGCCACAGCUGCCUCAGCUACAAGCCCAGCACACCAAUAGGCACGCUUGACACCACCGCUCUUCGGAUCGUGCCGAAGAACAAGCUGAACGAGCCCCCGAGCCGGCGGACCAAAGCGGCGCCGCACAACCCGCUGGCCGACGCCAAGAUCCGCAUCAAGGUGUAUUUGCCCCGCAAUCAGCUCUCGGUCGGGUGGGGUCUGGUGAUGGAGGAGCGCUCAUUUGUCAUGCUGAUUAAAACAUUGGGCUAA